AGGGAGCAGACCGAGUGAGGAGCCGUCAAGGGACACAGGAUGGUGAGGUGCUGGAAGCGUUCGGAGAACCGGCUGGAGGAAGCACAGUGCACGGAUGGGGGUCCUGAUGUGUCCUCCCGCUCCCACUUCCCACACAAGGCCUUCUGGCUCAGCCUCUCAGCCUCUCUCCUCCUGGUCGUCAUCGCCCUCGGGUUGACGGGGCACCUCGGGUUGUCUCAGCCCCACUCUCCGUCCUUACAGAUUGUGAGAAUCACAGCUCCGGAUCAGGCCGGCGCUCUGAUCAACCAGUCGGCCGUCGUGGACCAGCAGAAUGACCUGGUGACCUUUUCGGUUACCUCGCCGGCGAAUCAGACGUCCACCGUGCUCUUCGAUAUAAAACGUGGUUUGAUAUGCUACAAACCCGUCGACCAGGAGAGCUGCUUCCUCCGAGAGAUGGAGCAGCCCGACUACGACAACGUCAACUCCCUCCUCCACGAGCCGACGCGCAAGGUACAGUUCCAGCUGUCUGGGAAUGAGACCCGGAGGCAGACGGAGUUCCUGGGAGUGCUGGCAGCCGGUCAGGUGAACGUGUCGUCGCUGGAGGAGCCUCUGCAGGCGUUGUGUCGGGACAGGUCUGUCCGCUGGACCAGGAGGGCCGAGGGCCCAGGCAAACAGAGGCUGGUCUACUUCUGCAUCGACAUCUGCUUUCCCAGCAACAUCUGCGUGUCUGUGUGUUUCUACUACCUGCCAGAGUGACUCUGUGUUCUCUGUUUCCUCCCAGCAAAAAGAUCAGGGAAACAAA